AUGCCGCGUGCGCCGGCAGUCGUCAUCAUCGCGAGACAUGGCGCUCGACUAGACGCAGCCGACAAGACGUGGCACCUCACCUCUCCCGCACCGUAUGACCCUCCUUUGACCUACGGUGGCUGGACACAAUCGAAAGCCCUGGGUACCAAGAUAGCGAGCUUGUUGCACGCACGGGAGCAGGCGUCAGGCGAGAACCAACCGAAUGCAGCAAGCUCUGAUGGCCUGGACAGUUUCGACUUUGGGGCGCUUGAUGGGUCAACCACGUUCAGCGACGAGCCUCGAGGCCGGAGCUCAAAAAAGCGGAAAUACCAGGUCGUGAUACACAGCUCGCCUUUCUUACGAUGUGUGCAGACAUCUGUUGCCAUAAGUGCUGGCAUCGCUCAAUUUCAGACGAGCCCCGCACGCUCGAGGGAAAGGAGCGUCUCAUCUGAAAGCCGCAGAGAGCGACUCCACCCACCAGGAUCCCCUCGGCAACGCGCAACAGAAGGAAGGUCACCAGCGUUGGCACCGAUCCUCGAACCAGAACAUGAGCCUGCGCCUGCCGUGCUCAGGAGAUCGUUAAAGCGGAAAGGCAUCCGGAAGAGUGUAUUACGCAUAGACGCAUUCCUGGGCGAAUGGCUGUCGCCAGAAUACUUCGAUCUCAUCACCCCUCCACCGAACUCGGUGUUGAUGGUGGCCGCAGCCAAAGCCGAACUACUGCGGAGAGAGGAGCACAUGGAUGCGUCCCAGAACAUGGGUAAUCUUAAGGGCUAUUUCCCAGGAGGGUGGGUGAAGACAGGCGGCGCUACAACGCCCGCUUCGAACGGGAGGAACACGCCAGUAGAAGAAGGUCCGCUGGCCGAUAUUAGUAGCCUAGGCCAUGCAUUACCACGACGGGACCGCGCAAGCAGUCACAGUAGCGUUGACAGCGCUAGUAGCAGACAUGGUCAAAGAAGCACUUUGACUGUCUCCACAUCUACUGUAGUGGACAGUGGCAUAUAUCAGCCACCAAUACCGACAUAUGCGCUGGGUGGCUCUGAGCCGAUACCACGCGGCUACGUCGCCCAUGCGCGAGAUGCCUGCGUCGAUGUGGACUACAAAUGGGACAGCAUGCGUGAACCGCAGAACUGGCCUGACGGUGGUGAAUACGGGGAAGAGUGGAGUCACAUGCACAAGCGUUUCCGCAAAGGCCUCAAUGAGAUGAUACUGUGGUACAAGAAGCACGGCUUGCAGAGAGCAGUUGACGACGACGAGGUGGUUACAUACACACAGGACGAUGAUGAAGACACAGAUAUAGUACUUGUACUAGUCACCCAUGGAGCUGGCUGCAACGCUCUGAUCGGUGGCCUUACCAACCAGCCAGUUCUGCUCGAUGUCGGGAUGGCUUCACUCACAAUGGCUGUCCGCAAGGACAACGUCGACCGGAAGCCGCUGGUGGAUUCGACCAACGGCUCCAAUGGUCAUCCAUACCGCCGGCGAUCCUCCAUCGAUCUUGGCCUCUCCUCCGAGUACGACAUGAAGCUCGUAGCGUCCAGUGAUCACCUACGGACCGGUGCUGAUUCCGCGAAGAUGGCUGCGUUGCGAUCUCCAAAACUCGUAGCGCACAUCCCCGAAUACCGGCGCCGGUUUGGAUCCCACUCUGGCAGCCCUAUCGAUUCACCCCUUAGCAUCGGCGAGCCAAUGCGCAGUAUGAAUAGCGCACUUGGCAGUAUCAGACGGAGCUCAACGACUGGCGCUGCAUCAGCAACAGCACCGAGAUCCCCUAUCACCACGGGCCGCAAUACGCCGACUUCUUCAAUGUCUGGGUUGUGGAACUCUCCGAGACUCGAGGGUUUACCAGAGGCGUCAAGUAGCCUUGGCCGGGAGGUUGUUUGGAGCGCUGGUGGCGAUGCCGCUACUGACGCUGAGCAGUCCAAACUGCCCCCUCCUGCCGCUGAAGAGAAGGAGAACGACGUCCUCGCUCCACUACCACCACCGAACCACCGGAGGUCGGUGACCCAGCACGGCCUGUGGGGUUCAGUACCUUCGGGAGACCGGAAUGAACGGGAUAAGGGACCGAAGAGGCGAUGGACUAUUGUGAAUGAAUGA